UUACAGCCGACGAACUGGUCCUGUGGCUGCUGCGAUAUGUGGAUAAUAUGAGACAUUCAGCUAUUAGAAUAUGAAGUUACUGAUCUUUGUAAUAGUUUGGUAACCAGCUGAUUUUAAAGUGGACUUUGCUUCAGGGAAAUGCCUUUGUUAAUUCAAAAUAGAGGACUAGAGCGCAUAAGUGCGACAGCGGAACUGUUCGACAAAUAUCCACAUUUACAGGAAAACGCAAGAACAUUUCGCUCCAUGCCGCUUGUCGAUGUCGACCCAAAGUGCCUCUUGUAUGUGCAACAGAGAGAGUUUGCUGCAACAACACCAGCAGACAAUUGUGUUUCAGUAAUUGGAUCUGAUGAUGCCACCACCUGCCAUUUGGUUGUGCUGCGACACACGGGAAGUGGAGCUGUUUGCAUCGCUCACUGUGAUGGGUCCAGCACUUGGUCUGAAGUGCCGCUCCUUGUGAAGGCUGUCACAUCAUUGAGUAACGUGAGCAAGGAGGGAAGGCUUGAGCUCCAUCUCGUUGGGGGAUUUAACGAUGAGUCAAAGACAUCCCAUAAACUCAGCCUUAACAUACUGGCAGCAUUCCAGAAACAGAAAGAGGACAUUCAUCUGGAAAUAUGUUGCAUCACAGAAAUGAAUGACGUUGUUGUUGAUGGAAAUCACAGACCGAUAGUAUAUGGAAUAGGUGUAAAUGUUAAAACAGGGGAUGUGUUCCCUUCGUCAUUCACUCAUAAAGGACCUGCAGAGGAGCUGCGAUCAGCACGGACCUUCGCUGGGGAACAGAUGGUUGACAUAUAUGACUCAAGUCGGGGACUUGUAAAAAUCGGCCCCUGCAAAUGGUCUCCAAAUCUGGAUAUUGCCUUCUGGUUGUCACAAAGUGAUGACACAAUUUUAAAGUACCUGUCCACCUCUCCGAUGGCUGAGCCGCCACACUUCGUCCAGCACAUGAAGUCCACCAUCCGGUUCCUUUUAGAGCACCCCAACCCCGAUAGCCUGUUUCCUGGGGGUCAACCGCAGCUCUACCGCAGGACUGAGAGGGGGGACUGGGAGAGGGCUGUCCAGUCAUAGAGGCCUACUCCCAUUUUUCACUGAACCUUAACAUGGAACCAGACUAUUUUUGCCUCUCAGUUAAUUGGAUACACUGUGACCCUGCCACUCGCUGUCUGUUUUUUAUUCAUUGUGUCUUAACAAGAAGGUGACCCCAGACUGGACCAUGUGUCUGCUGAGUGGUUCUCCUGACUCAUCUGGCUGGUCCAGUAGAGAGGACAGAGGAAGAAUAAGGGAUUCUUUUGAUGCCUGCCAUAGUUAAUAUCCACUCUUAUGAGGGGGCAUUAAAGUCUGCACCUUACACCUCCUGCUGUGUUGCAGUAAGUCAAGGUCAAUAUUCUAUGCGUUUAGUAUUUUGAUCUAUUGAUUUUUAUUUUAUUGUUUUUUUUUUUUUAGCCUAAUAACUACACCUGCUGAACUUUUUCCAAAGUAUAAGUUCAGUUUGUACAUGUACAGAAUAACAUGUAAGUUGUGAAUAGGAGCAAACGAUUAUAUUAUUUGAAGAAUGAAGUAAUUGGUUGCUGUUCAGUGGUUGACAUUUCCCACAUGUACCUAAAUGAACCAACAAGGAGUGUAUUAUGAUAACAUAACUACCAAAAAAAAUUAGACAAAGCCAAUGAUUGCCUAGAUUGCCGCAAGUGUCAAGCUCUGAUUGAUCUUUACCUAAUCAAAAGUCCGAAACCAAUACAUUUCGAUCAGAAAUCAACCUAAAGAUUUAUACUUUUAUGCAUGAUUUGUAGUUAACAGGCUAAAACAUAUACUUAAAAAUAUCUGUAUGGCUCUUAAAUAUAGACUUUGACCUACUGGUGAGGAGCAAUUAAAGAUGGGUAUUUGAUGCAGCAACAAUGAAGAAAUUAAUUUCUUUUGGCACUUUGUUUAAAACAGUGAAGAGAGUGCUUAUUGCUAAGUUCUGCAUUGUUGAAGAGUUGAGCAAAGUUUAUUUUUCUCUACAAGUGCACCUUCCUGAUGAGAGUGAAAUAUGAUAUUUCAUUACAUACUCUAGAUGAUGCUGUAUACUUGGCUAUGAAUGUGUAUGUUUUAGAAAAUUGCAUGUGUAAAGUGCAUGGUAAUCUGCCAGGGAUGAUACAGAUUCUAUUCAAAAGCAAAAAAAAACAAAGCAAUUUAACUAGUUUUGUCUUUUUUGAAAUGGUUAAAAAUUAAAACAUCAUAUACUGUAUAAGGCCUUUUCAUCAGUUGUGUUAUUCAGAAGGUUGCAGGGUGCUUAAAGCAUUCAGUGCAACUUGUUGCAACUUGUGGACAUGCUGUACCUGUUGCUAAAUAAAUGUAAAUGGCCAAAUCUAGUUUGAAAAGCUGAGUAAAUGGAGCUGGUGGAAAGGG